ACCUGCUGCUCGCAAAAAAGCUAACACGACUCCCGAGCUGAGGGCGUGUGCGUGCGCGCGCAUAUGCGUGUGCAGCCAUUUAGCGAUUUGGGGGUCAACAUGCGUGUUGGUGGUUCGCGUGCCACCGUACUUAUCCUCGCCGUGUCCCACCUGGCGCGACAGCUAGCAUGCUAAUUUGAAACGGAAUUAGCUGACCCACAGGCGCGGCACCGCUCCGAUUUCAGCCCCUGUUGGCCGCGGGCACGAGCAUGGACCCAGCGCGGCCCUGGCUGAUUUGAUAUAUAUUACUAAUUAGCCGGAUAAUGUUAACUGUCCGCUGGCUAAUUUGCUCGGUUAUUAGCUUAGCGGCUAGGGGGCAGGGGAGCUUGCGUGCUAAUUGACCCAGUUAGGUUAGUUCGGUGGGACAGAGGCCGUGUUGUCAUGGCGCCCGACGGAGCCCUGUUUACGUUACACGUUUUAUAUAGCUUUCUUUUUUUCCCCCGCCUCGUAACCUUUCGGCUUCGCCAUUUCCCACGGUGUAUGUAACCGUAAACGUUGCACGCUACGACGAAUUACUUUUUUUAAAGACCCGACCUCACGGGGCGCGUGCAAGCUUGUGUUCAACAACCUGUGUGGGUUGGCAGGUUUAUUAUAAUAAUUGUCAUGAGCGGUUUUAGCUGCCGAGUCACCACACCACGAAUUAAAAAAAGUUCCAACCACCUCAUUUACACGAGAGGCAACAACAACUGGAGCGGAGGAGCUCGUGGUUGCUCAACGGGACACUUGUGACCAUUAAUGGUGCUCUGAUGCACGCGUGACGUCACGUGAUUAACUGUCUCCCUGGUCAGGUUCCAUUAAGUAACAUUUGUGUGCUAACAGUGGUCCGACCCAUAAAACCGAGCUUCGAGUUGACUUUUGAUUGCUGCCGCAUCAGCAACACAUUUCAAGCGAUUAAAAAUGUAAUGCCGGCGUGUCCCUGACGUCGUGUUCCCGCAGAAUGGCUCCUCAAAGCCUCGUGAGUCAUUCGAGGCCAUUGGAAAUGAGGCAAGCGUUGUGUAUCAAUAAGAAGUAAAUAAGUGUAUGCAUACACUGUGGGAUGCAGUCUGAACACCAGUCAAAUAUAAGCAUGAAAUAAUACCCCCCCAAAAAAGUAACAGUUGUUAUUGGCACCGCGAUUGCGUAAUCCGUCCCUCAAGGGCGCCCGUUUAGACUGGGGCUGCAGAGAUGGAGUCCCUGAUGAGCGUGGUGGGGCCGCGCUCCCCGGCCCCGGCCAAGAAGCAGUCGGAGGUGGACUUCCGGUCCGGGACCACCCUGGACCAGCUGUCGGCCCAGGUGUCCGAGCUGGUGUUGCUGGAACAGGGGGACUUUGGAGACCAGACCGCCUUGGAGGUUCACACCGCCAAGGACUUCAUCUUCAACAUGCUCGGCUUAGUCCAGAAGAUAGACCAGCGCCUCCCGGUGGCCAACGAGUACCUCCUGCUGUCAGGCGGGGCCCGGGAGGGGGUGCUGGACCUCAACCCCGAGGAGCUGGGCCACUACGCCAAAGGGGCCGACUUCGACCUGGACUUCACGCUGCUGGUGCCGGCCCUCAAGCUCCACGACCGCAACCAGCCCGUCACCCUGGACAUGCGCCACUCGCCGCCCUGCCACUCGUGGCUCAGCCUGCGCCUCUGCGACUCCCACGUCAUGUCCCGCUGGAGCAUCUGCUGCGAGGAGGAGAACGGCUUCCCCAGCGAGGAGGAGGAGGGAGAAAUGAGUAAAGGCUCCCUCGCCUCCCUGGACUCUCCUCAUUCUCUGGACGGAUGCUACUUCUCUCCCUCCCUGGUGACCGACUGGUUUUGGGGGGUGGUGAGCGAGGCGGUGGAGGAGCUGCGGCGCCGCCCCCAGAGGGGCAUCCCCACCCCGGACCGACUGGAGAGGAACGGACCCCUCACCACCAUCAUCCUCCAGGCGGGCACCAGCCGGGUGCUGUACGACCUGCUGCCCGUGGUGUCCUUCCGGGGCUGGCCCGCCGUGGCCCAGGGCUGGCUGACCGCCAACCACUUCUGGGACGGCAAGAUCACCGAGGAGGAGGCCAUCUCCGGCUUCUACCUGCUGCCCUGCUGCUCGCCUCUGGGCGGCCGGCCCGACAGGGAGUGGAGGCUGGCCUUCACCCGCAGCGAGGUGCAGCUGAAGAAGUGCAUCCCGUACCCGAUGGCGCAGGCGUUCCAGGCGGCCCGCGCCGUGCUCUCCCGCCUCCUGGCCCGGCCCCGCGCCGGCCUCAGCCUCUACCACCUGCGCACGGUCCUCUUCUGGGCCUGCGACCGGCUGCCCGCCGCCUACCUGUCCUGCCCCGACGCCGACACCCCGGGCCGCCUCCUCCUCGGCCUCCUGGACGACCUGGCGCACUGCACCCUGGGCAAAAGCUGCCCGAACUACUUCCUGCCGCAGUGCAACAUGCUGGAGCACCUGGCGGACGGCCAGGCGCUGCUCGUCGCCCGCAAGCUCGGCCACGUGCGCUCGGACCCCGGCGAGCACCUGCGCGCGGCGCUGGACCAGGCGCGGCAGGCGGGCCAGCUGAAGAAGGAGCUGGCGGCGGGCGUCAACGGCUCGCCGGGCCGCCACCCGGCCAACGGCAUCAUCUCGCCCUCGGAGGGCAAGCUGGCGCAGCGGCUGCAGCAGCUGGUGACGGAGAACCCCGGGAAGUCCAUCUCCGUGUUCCUCAACCCCGACGACGUCACCAGGCCUCACUUCCGCAUCGAUGACAAGUUCUACUGACGCGGCCCGCGGAGAGGACGCCACACCGGAGGGUCAGGGGGGGGGGGGGCAUCCUCAGGCGGAGACGAGGCCUUUGCUGCUCGACUAAAACCAAAAACACACACACACACGUCCCACUGCUGAGAGACGGUCUGAACACUGAGACGUCGCACAACAUGAUGUCACCGGGCUGUUGCCACGGAGACGGCCCUCCUCUAACGAGCUGGCCUUAAUGAGACUUAUCAGCUUGAGCUCAACACGGUGUGUGUGUGUGUGUGUGUGUGUGUGUGUGUGUGUGUGUGUGUGUGUGUGUGUGUGUGUGUGUGUGUGUGUGUGUGUGUGUGUGUGUGUGUGUGUGUGUGUGUGUGUGUGUGUGUGUGUGUGUGUGUGUGUGUGUGUGUGUGUACCGAAGGGUUUCAACAUUUGACAUACCUUUAGACAACGGGAGAAAAGCCCCUCGAUUGCUGCUUCUCUCCUUUUCGUUUCCUCUCCUCCUCCGAUGAUGUCACUGAAUGUAACGUAACUGCCGAGUCGUCGAACUGAGAAUCUUUUUCCUCCGUCGACUACGUGUUGGCCCUCGCCAUCGUUUCUCAUUUCAAACCAAUCUCUCUCAGGUAUUCAUAAUACUUUCUGAUUCUUCUUUAUAUGUGUAUGACUGCUCUUCAAGUCUUAGGCGACAUGUCGAUGCCGCUGUGAUUGGCCGAUGGACGCCCCACAUGGCUGCGUAUGAGUAGUUUGGAAUAAGAGGGACUGAGUCCACAUUGUGGCGCCCGCCGGUUCAUUUGGCGUUGCUACUUUCUGACGUGACCAAACCUCGAAAGAAAAGGCUGUAAAGAGGGUGAUGAUGUUAUAUACAAAUAUAUAUAUAUACAAUAUUUAUAUAUAUAUAUCAUAUAUUAAUAUAUAUAUAUACAAUAUUUAUAUAAUAUAUAUAUACAAUAUUUAUAUAUAUAUAUAUUGUGCGAUUAGUUACAAUAUUUGAGGAGUUGUUAGAGUUUUCUUUCCCUGAGCAGACGUUUGUGUUUCCAGAUGUGCGUCUAGAGACGUGAUGAAUCACAUUUUGCACGUCAGAACAAAAAAGACGGGAUGGCUUUGGUGACGGGGCGUCGCUAUUCACCGACCGUCGUCACGGUGACGUCGAGCUACUCAUCCGCCACCGUGUCACAGAGGAGCCGGCCCGUCGUCUCUUCACGUCUCCGCUGGCUGCCACUUUCUUUUUCGGAGCUUCGCUUUUGCCUUGAGUGAUUGUGAUAAUCGUCCCCCGUCUCCUCUGCUUGGUUGGUCUGUUUUAAUGAGCUCUGCGCGCACCACACUGUGUGUGUGUGUGUGUGUGUGUGUGUGUGAGAGAGACACAGCGCACAGCAGGACACGGACACAAAUGCCCAGAUGCUUCCCAUUUAAAUGUUUCCCCCCAGCGGGAGCGUGUUAGUCGUCCUAUCGUCGCUAACCAGGCGGGAGUCAUCCGCAGGGGGGAGGAGGGGGGGGGACCUCCUCUGGUCCUCUUUGAAGAGGGAAGAUGGGCCGUGCAGGGCCCAGACAGCUGCCUCUUGCUCUGCCUAUCUUAAAGUGAUUAUUUUAUAUAUAUAUUUAAAAAAUCUUCUUUUUUUCUCUUUCAUUUCUCUCUCUCAUGGCUCCAGUGUUGUCGUUGUUGUCCCCCCCCCCCAUGUGGACAUGACGCUCCAGAGCACACGGCGGGCUGCAGCCUAAACAUCAAGCUGGUGGUUAAAUGUGGUUUUAUAGCUGCUGGUGGAUUUAUUUUUCCUUUUUUAUAAAGUCGUAUGCAUAUUUCUGACAUCUUCGCUUACUACAAAAUGAUUAUUCUAUAUUUUUUGUUACAGCAUCUGUCUGUGCUGGUGUGUGUGUGUCUGAGUGAACCUGAGGGAAACCAAAGCGUGUCGUUGGGGUUCAGCUGCCGGGAGUCGGUUUGUGUUCCUCAGUGACUUGGACAGCUUUGGAGGAAGUCCUUCAGGAAGUCCUGGAGGAAGUGCACCGUACUCCAUCUCCACCCAGUUUAUGAUCACCAUGUUUUUUUUUCUGUGUGCCGAAACUUCUGCUGAUUCCGUUUAAGAUUCAGUCAAAAAUGAAAUAAUAACUAACUGACUAAAUACGAUAAAUGUAUGGAGCCCAUCGCUCUGCUCUGCGGGGAGAAGAAUCACUCCACAGUUUGAGAAAUUGACAGUUUGUUAUGACUUGACUAUCAAUUUACAUUUUCAUUUCUUUUUAAGUGCUAAUUAUAAUUAUCAUAUCAUGAGUUGCUGUAUUUACUACGAUUGUUUUCUGGGGUUUCUAUUGAUCAAGCUUUAGCAUGAAAUAAAUCACCGCAUUUUAAAUCACA